GAGAGUGUUGGCUUCACACUUCAUUCUCUGCCCAAAAUGCAAACUUUCCUUAUCCCUUCCUCCUUGACUCCUCUUCCCCCUAAACCCCUCUUUAAACCCCUACAAAUUUCUCAACCCCAAUUCCCAUACAAAACCAUCAAAACCAUUCGAGCGUACUCCUCUGACGAGUACCCAGUCGGCGAUGACGACGCUUUUCUUGCAUCAUUUGGGCCAAAGGAGAAAGAAUCUGAAGAAGAUGCCCGAAAAAGGAACUGGGUUGAAAGGGGAUGGGCUCCAUGGGAAGAAAUUCUGACCCCAGAAGCUGAUUUUGCUCGAAAGUCCCUUAAUGAAGGCGAAGAAGUGCCGCUUCAAUCGUCUGAAGCAAUUGAGGCGUUCAAAAUGUUGAGUCCCAAUUAUCGGAAAAAGAAAAUUGCGGAAAUGGGGCUUACGGAAGAUGAGUAUUACGCUAAACAGUUUGAAAUUAAGGGGGAAAUACCGGAUCCAUUGCAGACGGGUUGGAGUGGGCCUUUGGUGUUGAGGCAUGUGCCGCCAAGGGACUGGCCGCCGAGGGGGUGGGAGGUGGAUAUGGAGGAAUUGGAGUUUAUACGUGGCGCGCACAAGUUGCAAACCACGGUGAGAGUGGAUUAUGAGAAGGUGGAGGAAAUGGUGGAGAGGGAUACCGGGCAUAUGUGCUUGGAGAGGUAUGAGAUGUUCUUAAAGCAAUAUAAGGAGUGGGCAGCUGCAAAUAGGGAUCGUUUGGAGGAGGAGUCUUAUAAGUAUGACCAAGAUUAUUAUCCUGGUAGGAGGAAAAGGGGAAAGGAUUAUGAUGAAGAAAUGUAUGAACUUCCAUUUUAUUACCCGGGACAAAUUUGUGCAGGUAAAGUAACUGCAUUACAGCUUUAUCAAGGAGCAUUUGUUGAUAUUGGAGGCGUCCAUGACGGGUGGGUUCCAAUAAAACGCAAUGACUGGUAUUGGAUCCGUCAUCACAUCAAAGUUGGUAUGCACGUCAUCGUUGAAAUUUUGGCAAAGCGAGAUCCAUAUCGGUUUCGGUUUCCUAUUGAACUGCGCUUUGUUGAUCCGAACAUAGAUCACUUAAUCUUCAACAGAUUUGAAUUUCCACCUAUCUUUCACCGGGAUGAGGAUGUUAAUCCAGAUGAGUUACGUCGUGAUUGUGGAAGACCUCCUGUUCCUAGAAAAGAUCCUGAUAUCAAGGUGGAGGAGGAACCUCUGUUAUCAAAUCACCCUUAUGUUGAUAAGGUAUCCUUGUAUGUGAUUCAUGUGACGUGAAAAGGCAGUCUAAGAGGGCCAUUG